GUUCAAGUAAGACGCAUUUCUGUUGAACUCAGCGCAUCGUGCAGCCAUGGUACGAUUUUUGGCAGGCCUUCUCUCCCUCACAGCCAUGGUGAUGGCUGCUCGCCGCGACAAGGCUCAAAUUGCCGUUCACUCUCUGGACUCUUCAUCGGUGGUGCCGCGUCCCAUCACCGACGCAUUGCGAAGAGCCAGAAGGGCAGUCAACGAACAGCUGGACCUCAAGACGACGGCGGAAAAGGAAGCCAGCGCCAAGAAGGCGAGCCUCGAAAGCGCCGUGCAGAAAAAACUUUCCUUGAUGCAAGAAGUGGAAAACAAGACCACACAUGUGGAAGCGCAUGCCAAGUCAACACGCGAGACGAGCGUGGCCGUGGAAAAAGCAAUCACUGCACAUUUGGCCCAUGGCAAGGACCAUGAGGCGGCGUUGACGAAGUUCCAGACCUUGGCGCAGGAGGCAGCUGAUCUGAAGGCAGAGGUCGCUGCCAAGAUGACAUCCUUCAUGAAAGAGGUCGAAAGGAGGAAGAAAGAACUCGAGGAUUUAAGGGAUAAGCACAAUGACAAGGUCAAGGAGUCCGAUAAGGCCAAGUUGGAAGCGAACGACCUGGCAGAAAAACUCAUGGCAGCCAGCAAACACAAGGUGGGUGUGGAAGAGGAACAGAUCAAGGCAGAGAAAGCCAUGAACGAUGCAGAGAAGGAACUGCGGGAAUUGCAAGCCCACCUCGACGGUGCCGUGAGCGCCGCCACCAAGGCCGAAGCGGAGGAAUUGGAGGCAGAUAGCCAGCUCCGAGAGGCAAAGGGCAAUCACGAGCGGACCAAGAGGACCCGCGACCUUCUCGAAGGACUGAGGACUGGUGUGGAGACGUUCUUCAAGUCCAUCCGCACGCUGGAAGAUAGUAUGAUGGACAGCGAAGGCCAAGGAAAGGCCUAUGAUCGCAUCAAGAAAGAUGCCAAUCUCAAGGUCCUCCUGGAGAACUACAACCUCAUGGUGGCUCGCUUUGUGGAUAUUCACACCUUUGAUGAGGAUAUCUAUAGCCAGGUGAAGCCGGCUCAACCGUUCAUUAUGAAGAAUUCUUUGGCGGAAAUUGUGUACAUCUGCGACCCGCUGAGUCACUUCGGCGAGUUGCCCGAAGACAUUAGCAAGUUCAAAGGUUCUGAGUUGGACAAGCACUGCGGUCAGGGGCUUUGGGAUGCUGUGGACCUCACCCAGAGCACUUUCCCAUAGAAAUUUCGGCCAGUCAAGGGUAUGAUGCCUCCAUUUCUUUUGUGUGCGGGGCGGUGCGAAGGCGGGAGUAGCUGCAGCUGUGGAAGCGUGUCGUUGCCCUCAAGCCGCCUGCAAAAAGGCGAAGGAACUCGCCAUGCCAGGUUUGGAUGGCACCUGUGCUGUGGUGGACUUUGCAGAUGGGAGGUCGUUGAUGCUCCGCUUUCCUGUGGUAGGCCUAUAUCAUCCUAUAUCAACUGCUGGAUGGCGCUAGAAAUUCUACAGGCUCAGAUUUUCGCGCACUGCAUGCAGAUCUUCGUGAACGAGGUCUUGCGCGCCUCUAAGUAUAGACAGGGUUUGAACCCCGAACAGCAGCAACGCUGAUGCGUUGCCUGCUGGAACCUAGCUCCAGGGACAAGGGAUGAAAGAUGAUAGUGCUG